UAGAUCAGAACUUCACUCAGUCUAUAAAGCCAAAUCAUACGUUAGAUCUUCUCAUAUUCGUGAAGAUCAGAAGAUCAAAAUGGAUAUGAAACUUAGCUCAAUCUUGGCUUCUAUCCUUAUACUUGUGUCUACUGCACUGAUCGUGAAAUUACUGAAUUGGGUCUGGUUUAGGCCUAAGAAGCUGGAGAAACUUCUUAGGAAGCAAGGUCUCAAUGGGAACCCAUACAGACUCUUUCGUGGAGACAUGCAAGACUUGAGCAAUGUCAUGAAAACUAAACAGCCCAAAACACUGAAGCUUUCCGACGAUCUACCACCUCAUAUUCUUCCAUAUUACCACAACAUCAUUGAUAAAUAUGGUAAACAUUCUUUCAUCUGGGUUGGACCUUCACCAAGACUGAACGUUGCUGAUCCAGAGCAUAUUAAGGAGAUCUUGUCGAAACCUGGUCUGUUCCAUAAGCCGCUCCCGGACCCUAUUGGUGAAACAAUAGUAGGAGGGCUUGCGUAUCUUGAAGAUGACAGAUGGGCUAAACACAGAAGAAUUAUGAACCCGGCCUUCCAUAUGGAGAAGUUGAAAAAUAUGAUACCGGCAAUGUUCUUGAGUUGUUCAAAACUGAUAGAGAAAUGGGAAGCUUCGAUUUCUGGCAGCGGAAGUUCACAGGAAAUUGACGUUUGGCCUUAUCUUCAAGAUUUGACGGGGGAUGUGAUUUCUCGGACAGCCUUUGGCCGUAGCUAUGAAGAAGGAAGAAGAAUAUUUGAGCUCCAAAGAGAACAAGUUAAGCUUGUUUUGCACCUCUUUCCGUUCUCUUUUCUUCCGGGAUGGAGAUACUUUCCCACCAAAGCAAAUAGAAAGUUGAGAGCAAUCACCAAAGAAAUCCAAUCUUUGGUAAGGGGUAUUAUCAACCAGAGAGAGCAGGCAAUGGCAAGGGGAGAGAUCAUCCACAUGGACCUACUGGGAAUAUUAAUGGAAUCCAAUUCCAGAGAAAUUCAACAACAUGGGAACAAGAAUGCGGGAUUGAGUAUUGAAGAUGUGAUCGAGGAGUGUAAGCUAUUCUACUUUGCUGGGUCGGACAGCACUUCAACUUUGCUGGUGUGGACCAUGGUGCUUCUGAGCAAUCAUCAGGACUGGCAAGCCCGGGCGAGGGAAGAGGUUCUGAAAGUUUUUGGGAAGAAACAACCAACUUUUGAUGGUCUCCACCAGCUGAAAAUUGUAACGAUGAUUUUCCAAGAGGUUCUGAGGUUGUAUCCACCGGCACCUUUGAUCAUUCGAGCACCUACAAAGACAGUGCAACUGGGAAGCACAACUAUACCGGUAGGAGUACAGCUGACGCUACUGAUAGGCCUACUCCAUCAUGAUCCCAAUAUUUGGGGCAAUGAUGUGAAGGAAUUCAAGCCGGAGAGAUUUUCAGAAGGAAUUUCGAGUGCAACAAAGACUCAAUACUCCUUCAUACCGUUCAGCGCAGGUCCUCGGGUCUGUGUCGGCCAAAACUUUGCGAUGAUUGAGGCAAAAAUGGCUUUGGCAAUGAUACUACAACACUUCUCGUUUGAGUUGUCCUCUUCGUACUUGCAUGCUCCUUUCCCAAUAUUCACUUUGCAACCCCAGUAUGGUGCUCCUUUGAUUGUGCGUAAGCUAUAAACACCAGCUCAUCGCUGUUAUGAUUAGAGCUCCGGAUUUAAAUAAGAAAAGUUUAAGGAAAAUAUAUACUAGAAAAUAAGGCACCAGAUUGUACCAUUUAAAUAGAGAAAGCAUUUACCUCACUGAAAACAUAGCUUCGACUGUGUUUCUUGCUUAUGUUUUCUGGACGGGUUAAUUGCAAAAAUAGUCUUGUAACUGAUUGUGAAUGGCAUAAAAUAGUCCCAGAACUUUUUCGAAA